AUGACUCUGCUUGCCACCCGUGCAGGCUCUGAUUGGCCCAAAUCCUUUGCGCAGACAGUGAACAGGCUGUGUGGGGUGGUGGAUGAAUCUGCUUUGCUGCCCACAGCAUGGCUGGCUGCACUCAUCCAGAAAGGACACAUGGAAGACCUUUUGGGCCUCUCGACAGCUGUAAAGGUCCAGCUUGGAACCAAGGUGUCUACAAUCCUGAUUGGUGCAGCAAUUGUUCAUCAAGCCGAUUCCAAAGGUGGCUUUUGGUCAAUGGACACGCUGAGCAGCAAGGCAGAUGUGAAGGACGCCAUGCUGAACAUAGCCCAGCUAUCCGGGCUCCAAACGCCUGAUGUGCUUUGCUGCUUGCCUCGCGCCCGGGACCAUUUCAACGAGGGAAAGCUCAAGCUCUCAAAGAUGUUGACGGACGUUGCAGAGGAGGUGAUCAAACAGAAAGAAUCGCUGAAGGAGUUUCAUGAGAAGUAUGUCAAAGUAGUUGAUUCCUUGGAUUCGUGGGACUUUGACCAAGUCAAGCAUCUCGUUGACAACUCUGACAGCCGAACAGAGGAUGAGAUGAAACAAAUUCCCCGUUUGCAGCAGCUUCAGGAAGCCGAUGACCUGUUGACCACUGUGCAGACCUACGUUUCAUCAAGCACGCACGAGUCCUACGGAAUCAGUGCAGAGGCGAUGACCAAGCUAGAUCAGGCCGCGGUUCAGGAUCUCAAGAAGCAAAUUGACGACAAAUCGAUGCCUGCGCCUUCGCCUGCGGCUACGCCCAAAAGGGCCGCCAAGAAUGCCAAGGCUUGGGAGGACACUGAGCGCUCUCCCAUUGCAAAGGCAUUGGCGAAGGGGAAGGCGUCCCCAAAGAAGGCAAAAUCUGCCGCCAAACGCAGCAAAUGA